AGACACUCUCCUCAUUCCACACUUCCGGAUAUACCCAGUUCACUGCCCAGCUUCCACUUUUUAAUACAUCAACGCAACUGUACUUGCGCGAUCAUGGCUGACUCUAAGCGCCCACGCGUCUUCUUUGAUAUUGCCAUUGGCGGUGCAAAGGCCGGUCGUGUUGCCUUUGAGCUUUACAGUGAUAUCGUUCCCAAGACCGCCGAGAACUUCCGCGCGCUAUGUACCGGCGAGAAAGGAGAAGGUGCAUCUGGCAAACCCCUCCACUACAAGAACUCGAGCUUCCACCGCGUCAUCAAGGGUUUCAUGAUCCAGGGCGGUGACUUUACCCAGGGCAACGGUACUGGCGGCGAGAGUAUAUAUGGCGAGAAGUUUGAGGACGAAAACUUUGAGAAGAUCCACGACAGGCCGUUCCUGCUGAGUAUGGCCAACGCCGGCCCAGGAACGAACGGCUCUCAGUUCUUCGUGACUACAGUCCCUACACCACAUCUUGACAACAAGCACGUCGUAUUUGGCGAGGUCAUCAACGGCAAGAGCAUUGUGCGUACAAUCGAGAACCUCAAGACAGAAAGCGGUGACAAGCCACUGCAAGAUGCAACCAUUAUCGACUGUGGCGAGCUCACCGGGGAAGAUUAUGACAAGGCCACCGAGAAGGUCUCUGAUGCAACUGGCGACCCAUACGAAGACUUCCCAGAGGACCAAAAGGCUGGCGGUGAGGAAUGGAAAGGUACCGAGAUCCUCGAAAUCGCGACCAAGCUGAAGGAAAUGGGCAACGACGCAUUCAAAAAGGGAAAUCUCGAGCUUGGCAUCCAGAAAUACCAAAAAGGCAUCCGCUACUUGCACGAAUACCCUACACCACUAGAAAAUGACCCCAAGGACCUGUGGCCCCAGCUCAACGCCCUCAAGAUCUCGCUCUACUCCAACAGCGCCCUGCUUCAGAACAAGACACAUCAGUACAGCGACGCGAUAGAGAACGCAACCAAAGCACUGGAGAUUGAGGGCAUCACGGAAAAGGAAAAGGCCAAGGCGUACUUUAGGCGCGCACAGGCCAAGAUUGCGAAGAAGAACGAGGAAGAAGCGUUGGCUGAUCUUAAGGAGGCGGCAAAGUAUGCGCCAGGUGAUGCGGCAAUCAUCAAGGAACAGGAUGCGAUCAAGAAGAAGGUGCAGGCGCGAAAGGAGAAGGAGAAGCAGGUGUACAAGAAUGCUUUCAACUUUGAGUAGGCAUUUUGGCCCAUAUCUGGCUACCGGCUAUUUCUCUUUGGAGGUACAUGGUGGAGUUGAAGCAUUGGGAUCGGUUACAACGGCCUAGCAUACAGUACUCCUAAUCUUACGAUGAAUGAAGUUAGAAAAGUAUGUAAUCAGUACUCGAAAUUGU